CGGCCAAAUUAACUUGCUCAAUGGUGAUAUUUUUAUCAUCAAUUACAUUGCUCUGGAUUGUAAUGUUAUUGCUGACGGUGGCUAUCCCAUCCGAAAGAGGUUUCGACAUCAGAAAUCGUAUUAUCAUUAGAUUUAUAUGAUAUGAUGUGUACAGCAAUGUUAACAGACCUACGAUGAUCAGCACAUGAUAACGCUGAACAAAAUUGAAUUCAACAAAUAUUUUCAUUAAAAUAGGCAAACCACAAUUGUAAAAAAAACAAGAAUAGACUUACCACAGUCGCAAAAGUCAUUCGCAGUGGCCUCAUCUUACACCUCAAACUUUUGCUUCAAUUCAAACUGAGAUCACACUGGUUAAUAGAAUAUUUUUCGUCUCUCAUACCGUUUGAUAAAAAUUGCUUCGUCUGUAUACCAAAUUCGUUUUUGACACAGCUGUUCAAAGAACCGCGUAUGUUUGGCGCUGGGCGUAUUGAACUUUAUAGCUCGCAUAUUCUAAUGACGUAGCACCAAUUAAAUGCUACGAUCACACAUGUCACCAAUGAAUUAUUUUUCUCUGACAAUUUUUUUUGCGAUGAAAUGUGUUUUGAAUUUCAAAACAAUUCUUCGAAGUUAUGGAAAAAUAUAUUUCCAAAUCAUCAAAUCAUUUACCAAUGAGUAAAUUAAAGUCUUACCGAAGUCAUGAUAAUUUCACAAAAUAGUAGAAUAAUUCGAUGGAAAACACGAAAGACGGAAAAAAAACAACAAAUGAUAGUCCAUUUAUUUGGAAUUUUUGUACUUAACUGUUACCAACGUCAGAUCAAAUUAGAUGGAAUUUUUUCUUUUCUGCUAAAGUCAAGAACAAUAUCGAUGAAAUAGGAAAAAGAUAAGAAAAAGGACGUCAUCUGAUCAUGGAAAAAUAUCGCUUAUUUUCUACAAUGGAUGUUCUCCCAUGAUAUGCAUAAAAUCGAAUAAAAAAUCUGUACUGGAUCAGAAAACAGUUUAGUCGAUUGGAAGAUCUGAAACGUACAAAAAAUUUAUAACAAUUUGAUAAAUUCGACUGGAGUAGGUAGUGGCUCUUCGUUAGAGAUGACCAUCAGAAUAAAACAGGGAAUCAAUCGAUGACAUGUUUUGCCGCAUUUAUAAAUGAUCUUCCAGUACACAUAUCCGUUGCUAUGCUUGAAAACUUUGCUGAUGUUAUCAAAGCAUACCAUAUGGUUAAGAACAUGACGAUUUUUCGUGUUAUGUAUAGAGACUUUGUAUAAUAAUAGAAAACUUAUUCAAUUCAAUAAACAAUAGCGACGAGCUUAGAAUUGCAAUCGAACAUUGCGUUGAGUAAAUGUCCUAUCUAUCAAAAUCAGAUAAAUUCAACCCACAAACUGAGGCCCUAAAUGAAUUUCUAUGUUUCUGUUAACGUGGGAUGUAUUAUAUAUGCAGAAUACAAUACAAUAAAUUCAUCAAGAAAAUGUUUCUGUAAUUUAACCGAAAAUGACAUUUUCAAAUAAAUUAAUGAAAGAAUCAUUUUAAAUCAUCUUUUUGCUGACCAAAAAAAAAAAACAGAUUUGUAGUUCGACGUUUCAUGUAGUGCUGAAAACAAGUACAAAGGAGAUAGUCGUCAAUUGUGAAAAAAAACUGUAAUUGAAUGGCGUCAUAAGAGUGUUCCCAUCGUGUGAAAUGAAAAUAAAUUAUUUAUUUAUUUCCAUUAUAAAAUAGGAAUUGUGAGAUCUAUUAACGGCUCAUAAAUGAGUAUGAUUCAACUUUCAAAAGAAUAACAAUGUCCCAAAAUAAGUGGAAAAGUAGAGAAUUAUUGAGCGCUUCAGACUGAAUCGAUUUAUGAGCUUUUCAUAUGAAAAUCACUUCAAAUCGAAGCUGAUGAUUGACCAAGCGGUAGCCCAUUACUAAGCCAUUAUUUUUGGUUAUACGAUAAUGUUGUUCACCACAAUAGCACCAGCAAUGUCACAUUCAAGUUACUUUGAAUGGAUUUGAAUUGACGCCACUGCGUGAGAAAAUUAUUUCAAAACGUUGGUCAUUUAGGCCGUUGAAAUGAUUUCAGCUUCUGAUUUCACAAUCUACGUCUCGUAUAUUGGUUCCUUGUAUUUUUUUUUUGUGCGUGUUAGAACAAUGGACAGAAGGGUGGAUAAUGAGAGGGGUGAGAAAACAAUCACACCCAUUGAUUGCAGUCACUAUUUGGAUCCGAGUUCAAAUUCGUCAAUAAGCCAGACAUUGAAUAGAUUUCGAUUCAUCAAUCAAAAUGUCUUGCACCAAAUGUCGGUGGUGAACUUUUCGGCCGAACAAUAGCUAAAUUUGCCGUAAUUUCCUUGUAAUAAACUAUUUCAUUUCACAGUAAUUGUUUGACUUUUUAGACGACAUCGUAUUAAACUUUUCCGCAUCAAAGGAAAUUGUUUCCGCUUUUAUUCAGAUUGUUUCGUGUAAGCCACAGUGUUUUCUCUCUAUUCAUGUAACAGUUUUGGAAAAUGUUGAGGGUUCAUGAAAUUAUAAUGAGCCAUCAAUUUAGUAGCGAGGUAGAAGAUCGAGUCUCACUUCAAGCGAUCCAAUAGGCAUCCGCGACAGUGUUUUCGAUCAGUAUCGUGUUAAAGGCCAUCGAAAGUGUUUCUGAGGCAAUCAUCAGCCAUGGAACCGCUUAAGACAAACGUUAAAAUUUGUGUUUUACUUGGCCUUUUUGCCAUUUCCGAUCGUUUUAAAGCUAAAUCCUAUGCAUUUUUGUCCAAUUUUUUGCCGACGUCGAAUACUGUGUUCCUUGUUUCAAUUUCGGGUGCAUACUUUUUCAAGAACGUGUCCGAUAUCGAGAAAGCUACCUACGCUUUUUACGUGCUUGCCGCCGGAUUGAUUAGUCUCGCCUGGAAUGGAAUCGUUCUGAAACAACAAACUCCAUUAGAAGUGAUGCUCCUGGAACUCCAGCGAAUUGUUGUGAAACGCAUCAACAAUAGAAGUGGUUUCCAAUAUGAAAAAGUCGAGUCAAACAUUCAGAUCUUUACGACCAGAUACAACAUGGUUUUCACAUGUGCAGUCGUUGCUUCAAUGAUUGUGAUGCCCGUUUUGGUAGCGGCUUUCCACUACAUCGACGGAAACUAUAAUUACAAUUCAUGGUAUUUACCACUUGUUACAAUAACGCCAUACAAUCAAAACGCUACAAUCGAUCAUGUUUUCAGUCAUAUAAUUCAAACCACUGGUAUUGCAUCUUUGGUCUCUUAUCUGUGUGCUAUCACGAUGACAUAUUUCGGCGUUUGUUCCUACAUCGAAGCCCUGUUCACCGAUUUAGCUCAGAAGUGCAAGAAAAAUGAUGACGAAUUCAUGUUGAAAUUGAUACUGUCACAGCAAAAGACACUGGAAGCGACAAUCAAAUUGAAGGACAAUUUCGUUGCGUUAAUCGAACUGCAUAAUACACUUCUUAAAGUCAACGAACAGAGGGAUCUCGGUGUACUCAUAGACUCAAAAAUGAAUUUCAUCGACCACAUUAAUGCCAUCACUGCUAAAGUGGCAUCAACCUUGGAUUUUAUCAAGCGAUUUUGCUAUGACUUCAGAGAUAUUUACACACUCAAGUCACUCUACUAUGAUUUGGUUCAAUCGGUACUGGAGUAUUGCAGUGUGGCUCCCGUUCUAUGA